UCUCUCUCUCUCUCUCCCCCCACGCAUAUAAGAAAGUCUUUUACAAGAUCAACCCUCCAAUCCACCACUCCUCUCAUCCAUCACCAUCUCCACCACUUCUCUCUCUCUCUCUCUCUCUCACACACACACACACACACACAGAGUAGUACCAGGAUCAAGAUCAAGAUCAAGAGGCUAGGAAAAAUGGGGAAUAGAUACAACCACCAUCUUCAUCAUCAUCAAAACCUCCAUAACAACACCACAUACUUGCCAAUUUUGUGUUCACGCCCAUCCAUCAAAGAUGUCCACCUCUCCCGAUGGCACGACCGCUCCACCACCUCUUCCUCCGCCUCCUCCACCUCCUCCUCAAAGGACCCUUCGUCGCCGAGAGUCAGCUGUGUAGGCCAAGUCAAGAUCAGAAACAACAAAACCACCAUCAUUGCCUACGCAACUCCCACCAGACCCACCACCACCACCACCACCACCACCACCAAAGACAACCACAACCUCACACCAUACUCCAAGCUCAAAAGGCUCUUUUCUACCAAAAAUCUCUCCACCACAGCCACCACCACCACUAGAACUAGUAGUACUGGUGUAAGUUGUAGAAGAGAGAUGAUGAUCAUGGGUAGUCCGAGAAGAAGGUCCAAGUGUAGAGAUGAAACCAGAACUAAUAAUUAUGAAAGAAGAACUAAUAAUUAUGUUCAUCCGGUGGUGGAUGUCGCGGAGAUGGAUCCACCAUUGCCGGUGAUCAAGAAGGUGCAACAACCCGGGGAGGGCCGUGAUGAAGUCAACCUUUGGAAGAGGAGGUCUGCUGCUCAUGGGGUGGCACUCAAAAGUUUAAAGAUUCAACAAAUUCAUAUACCCAACAAUCAUUUUCUUCAACCAACCACUGUGUGAACAAGACAGACUCCAAUUAAUUUGAGGUAAUUAAUAUCUUGGGGGAAUUAAAAAUGUAAAUUAUUUGUUUUAAUUUUCUAAGUAAAAUGUAGAGUUUAGAUAAAUGGUGAAAAAAAAAAAAAAGGCCAAAAAGGUCAUGGCCCUCUCUCUCUCUCUCUCUCUUUUCAAAUUUAAAUUUUUUUGGUGGGAUAGGGAUAAAAGAGGUCAGUAAUCAUAAGAAACUUAAUUUUUUGUAUGCCAAUCUUUAUUUAAAGUUUGGAAAUUAAAGGAUGACCUUUUUUAAUAUCA